CCCACGACAACACCCACGACAACCCCCAGCAGGCUUCUCUCAGGUCCUCUAAGGGACGCCCGGCAGCGAGCAUCAUGUCAGCGGACGUAGCCAUCCAGAAGUUCUCCUUCCCCUUCACCUGUAUCGCCGGCCACGCCCCUCCAGGUGAGCAGAGCCAGAGGGCGUGUCCACAGGUUAAGAAGCCGGAGGCUUCCACCGUCGGUGUUCUGAGACCCAUCGCCAUCGUUGGAACCCUGGUCAUGAAUGGGACAGGAGCUGGCUCGAAGAUGGACUUAAAGACAGACUCGAAGAUAGACUCAAAGAUGGAGUUAAAGACAGACUUAGAGGCAGAGGUAAAGUCAGACUUAAAGAUGGACUUUAAGAUGGACUUAAAGACAGACUUAAAGACAGACUUACAGACAAAUUCAAAGACAGACUCAAAGAUGGACUUAAAGACAGACUUGAUGCCGGACUUAAAGACAAAGGUAAAGUUAGACUUAAAGACAGACUUAAAGAAGGACUCAAAGACAGGUUUAAAGACAGUCUCAAAGAUCGGUUUGAAGGCCACCCCAGGGGCCCGACUCCAGCUGGGCCCCUCUGCCUCCGCCCCGGGGGUCCAGAGCGCGGUGCUCUCCGGGCGCGGCGUGUUCGAGAGGCUGGCGGCAGAGAGCGAGGACACGCGCCCGGCCGCCAAGAGGCAGCUGUCCUCGGAGAGUGCCGCCCGCACCGUCGCCGUGGUGAAGAAAAGCGCCGUGAGGAAGGAGCCGGAGGGAGCGGCGAAGACGGGCCUGAGGGGGGCGGCGCCCGGGAAGCGUCGGCGCAGGAAGGACCUGUUCUCCGGCUCGGAGGCGUUCAGCCGGGUCGACGCCCACGCAAUCAGGGCCGGGGCGCAGCUGAAGCAGAAGUGUGUGUAUGAGGUGAAGACGAUCGCCCAGAACGUCACGCAGGAAGCGCGGACUGAGCUGGAGAGGCUGCGAGCCAUCUGGGUCUGGUUGUGCCACAACAUAGAGUACGAUGUGAGCGGGUACCUGGGCCAGUCGGAGAAGCUGUCCUCCCCGGAGGAGGUGAUCGCUGCAGGGAAGGGCGUCUGCUGUGGCUACUCCAGCCUCUGUCUGGAGAUGUGCCGAGAGGUGGGCCUCCAGUGCCAGGAAGUCCCCGGCCACAGCAAGGGCAUCGGACACCGGCCGGGUCAGAGCCUCCGGGACGUGCGGUCGGACCACAUGUGGAAUGCCGUGCUGCUGGGGGGGCAGUGGUUCCUAAUGGACGCCUGCUGGGGCGCCGGUCGUGUCGACAUGGAGCACAAGAGCUUCGUCAAGAAGUUCGAUGAUUUCUACUUCCUGACCGAUCCGGAGGACUUUGUGGAGUCUCACUACCCUGACAAGGAGGAGUGGCAGCUCCUGGACCAGCCCAUCUCCCGGGAGGAGUUUGAGAUGCGGGUCUUCAAGACCUCCACGUUCUUCUCCCUGGGCCUGAAGCUCAUCCAGCCGCAGCACUUCUACAUGCUCACAGAUGACGGGGAGAUGAACCUGUCCAUCAGCUCCUCCAGGUCAGUGACCUACACCUAUGACAUCACCCCACGACAUGACUUCCUGCAUGGGGGCGCCGCCGAGCAAAAGGAAACCAGCGGCUCCUCUUGGGGCCUGCUGACCAUGUCGCACCGCACCAUGCGCCUGCAGAUCCUGCCCCGCUCCCAGGGGACCUACGACGUCAGGGUGUACGCCCGGCCCGAGCUGGCCUCCACACCACUGAGCUGGGUCUGCUCCUUCACCGUGGAGUGCCCGGCCCCCAGGGCCAUGGAGGAGAUCCCCGAGAACCCCUUCCUGUCCUGGGGCCUGCAGGCCGGUUCAGAGGCCCUGGGCAUGACCCCGGGAGGCUCCCCGGGGACUCAGGUGCUGGAGGUGGAAGAGGGCGAGCUGGAGCUGACGAUGAAGACCUCCCGGUCUCUGAUGGCGCUGUGCGAGCUGGUCCACCCGGGGCUGGAGCCCGCCCUCGCCAAGCGAUGCCUGGCUACGCAGAUCCGCCCGGACGGGCUGACGGUCCACGCGCUUUGCCCGUCCCGCGGCUUCUACCGCCUGUCCGUGUUCGUGCGAGACUACGACAAGUCUGAGGUCCGCUUCCAGAACGCCGCAAACUUCUUGCUGCACUGCAAGGUGGCGGCCCAGGUCGAGCUGUUCCCGCCGGGCCUUGGCUCGGAGUGCGGCCCGGGGACCCGCACGCUGAAGGCGGGCCUGUCCAAGUUCAGCCACACGGGGGCGCUGGUGAGCACGCAGCAGGGGAAGUGCAACGUCACCUUCCACAAUCAGCAGGACCUGGAGCUCCACACAGUGCUGGGGAGGGCGGAGGGCCAGGCGCCGGCCGUCCGCCUGGAGCGCCACCUCUUCUUCGCCUUCACCGACAGCAAGGUGACGGUGAGCACCAGCCUGCCCGGCCCGGGGGUGUACCGCCUGGGGCUCUACGCCCGGAACGCCCCCGGCGCCGACUUCAACCCCAUGUGUGACUUUGUCCUGAGGAGCAGUUGCGAGCAGCCGGGGCCUCCUUUCCCCAGCACUUACACCGCCUGGGGGAAGGGCUGCGUGCUGUUCGAGCCCCGCGUGGGUUUGUUGGAGCCCGCCGCCUGGGUCCGCUUCAGGGUCAGGGUCCCGGGGGCCAAGAAGGUGAGCGUGGUCGGGGAGGGGAAGGUGGAGCUGAAGAUGAACAAAAGCCGGGUGUGGGAGGGGGAUGUGUUCACAGGGGGCGUCCGACAGGUCCAGCUGGCGGCCUCUUCGGAGGACGACGGAGCCAUGGCCGUCAUGUUGGCCUUUGACAUCAGGCAGAGUGAGGAGUAACGUCGGCCACCCUGAAACCACUCGGACGCUAAACGCUUUUCUUCAGAAGCCCUUUGAUACAGGCUUGACCAAACAGGGGGUCCGUGUCCAAGACCGAUGCCCGAGGCUGGUCCGGACGUUUAGCAUUGUUGCUUUUUUAUUUUUCUCGAGUGCCAUUACGUGAGAGCCCUUUGAAGUUGACACAAAACAGGUAGGCAGCCAAUCACAAACAAGCUUGGUCGGACAGCCCUUAGAGAAAGCCUUCCUGCCAUUGUCCCCCCGCAUUCUGGCACCUCUUCGUGGCGUGCCGCGAGACCCAGUGCUCAGGUUCGGGGACUCAAAGCCCAGGGAGGAAAUGCAAGGAUUUAUUGCCCCCUGUCCUAGCCAGACAGGAGGGCAGCAGCACACUGCUGACUGGCAGUUUCCCCCAUGGAGCUCCGAACUGCUCGCUGGUCAAGGGUGGGGAACAUACCAGUACACAUGCUAGCCAAGGCCUCCGCUGUAACCACGAUUGUUCAAACGACG